AUGCAGGCGAACAUGGCCCAUUUCGGCAACUCCUCACACAUCAACGUCGAGGAGGGGAUGUCUUACGAGGACUUUGAAGCCUAUUUCGAGAAUCGCGAGAAGCUCGGCACCGAUGGCUUUGAUCUCUUGCGUGGACUGGGCAUUGAGGUGUCUUCCCGCUCGCGGAAUACGGACCCGCAGGAUGACGAGGUGGAGAACUACGAUUUCGACGAUCACAACCACACCUCUGAAGCCAGAAAGGUCUUGGCGCAAAUGGAUACGAACCAGCGGAACAGCCUUUGGUCCCGCACCCAUACUGCCAACACGCAGCUGGCCGAGGAGACCAAAGCGGAUCGCUGCUCUUGUUGCAAGAGAUCGGCUGCCGCGUUACAGAUGGACUCGUUGACGAACAACAGGACAUUCAUCGCCCCGGCUCGUGUUCUUCAAUGCCUGCUGCCGGAUGUCUUGAACAAUGAGUACGUGAUGUAUGCCAUUGCGCACUCGAGCAAUGAAGACAUCUUCAAUUUCGAGGGCUGUCAGGCGAUCAUCAGCCUGGGCUGGAACCAGGCUUGGCGGGGAGCCCUCCUGGACAGCUUCAUCAGCGUGAGCCUUGCGGUGCUGUUUGCAGUCAUCACGCUCUUCCUGCAAGACACACCGGAGAAAGUUCCCAGUGACCGGUACAUCGUGCUGGCUGCGAGCGCUGUUCUUGUGUCCCUGAACUUCUUGAAGGAGCUCUUUUCGCUGCAGGGUAUGUUCUUGCUGGGGAAGCUGCGGCAGCACUUGACGACGGCGGCAAAUUACUUGGUCUGGGUUCGCAUUGGGCUUUGCUACGUGGUCAUAUCGGAUCUGGCCUACGAGCACCAGCAGUGGACGACACCAUCCUCCGAGUUCAGUAUCCUCUUGGCUGUCACCGUGCUUCUGCGCUGGGCGCACGUCCUGACGACCUUUCGAGGGUACCAGUGGGUUGGCGAGAAGGUUCUUCCCAUUGAGCGAGCCUUGAUCUCGUCGCGAAUGUUUGCCGCGAUCCUGUUGGUGGCCGGCUGUGCUUUCACCAAUGCCUACAUCGCCCUGGGGUUGACCGGUGCGGACAGAGUUUUCGAUUCCUUCUAUGUGAUCUAUCGCCUGGGCUUCCUGAGUGAUCUCGAGAACCCAGUGUGGAACACCCAGGACACCAAGAAGGAUCUUGCCGCGGUACUGAGCAUGAUCUCUGGCCUUCUCAUGACGGUGGUGAUGAUGAAUAUCUUCAUCGGCAUUCUGUCAGAGAGCUAUGCCCAGGCCUACCACAACCGCUACCGCAGCUUCCAGCGCGAGCGGGCUCGGAUUGCGUUUGCCCACAGUGUCAGGAGGAGGGCCGCAGAGGCCUGGCUCGCGGCAAUCUGCUGCUGCCGCAAGCGACAAAUCGUAGUCGCCAAGAGCAAGUAUCUCUGGUACAGCGUCAAACAGAUGCAGGCAGUACCCCAAAUGGGGACGAAACCUCUUCGGCCAGAGAAGAAAAGGACGCACUCUGGAGGAAGGCGAAUGUCCACGAUUGUCCGCGGGCUCAUGCUUCAGAAGCAGUCGUCCACACUGGCUCGGUCGGAAGACCUGUCUUCAACGGGCAAGAAGCUACCUCGGGGUCUCAGCGUCCUGAGCCGCCUGAGCAAUAUCGAGCAGCACGCGGCACCGCCACCCCUGAAGGAUUCCACCACGCUUCAGGGCAUCGUCCCCAGCCCGGACAACGGCAAGUCAUCGCCACCAUCAAGGAGCCCAAAUCUCGGCAACCACGAGCCACGAGGCGUGGUAGUUCCUGGCAUGGUGGAAGAGGAACUGCCAGGUCUGUGUGGCCACUUGCUGACUCAAGUCUUGGCAGAGGAAGCUAUUGAACAGAUGACAACCUCAACCGACUCCCUGGAGAUCACAACUACUUGUAGCGAUAGCAUCAUCAUUACCACCGCCGUUGUGAGAAGCAUCCUGGAAGUGGUGAAGAUCACGAAAUCGCAUCGCCAAAGCAAAGACAGUUACAUGCUUACUGGAACAGUCAUGUCGUUUCUGAACCUUCGAAGAGAAUAUGGAGUCAACGAUGAGGCCGCAGUGGACGCGACGGGCAGCUGGAGCUACGCGGAGCUCCGUGUAGCUGCGGACAACAUUGCAGCACUCUUGCGCCGACAAGGUGUUGCGGGCCAUGAGGCCCCGGAGUGGCAGGCACAGCCACCUGCGCCACGGCCUUUAGCGCUUGCGCUCAAACGCGACCGGCUGUUUUAUGCCGUGUGCUAUGCUGCGUGGAAGCUGGGAGUCCCUGUAGCAGCUGCCAGCGAUGACAUGCCCGACAAGGCCGCGGAAGCUUCACGCAGACACCGCAUAGCUGCAGAGCUGCGACCGCAAGCCGCCGUGAUGGAGGGUGGCGGCUUCCCCGAGCUGCCCUUGGACUGCAUUUUGCUGACCGCGGAACAGAUUCGCCUGGCUGCUACUUCCUCGCCGGCUGCGCAGGAGCCGUUUGAGACCAGGGUCAGCCCGGAAUCUGUGCUGCUCUACACGUACACUGGUGGAACGACGAAGUUCAGCAAAUGCGUUGUAGUGCUGAAUGCCAUGGCGCUCUGGGAGAUUGCGAACUAUCACACCGUGAUGCAAGGACGCAUGUCCAGUGCGGAUCGUGUGCUGCAGUUUACCUCGGCCUACUGGGGCGCGGCUGCCUUUGGUCAGAUUGACAUUGCUUUGGCCUUCGGAGCGUGCGUCGUUUUCGUCCCGACCGAACCCGGUGCCAAAGGAUUGGCUGCAGCAGUGGAAAGAUACCGAAUCUCGGUUCUUGGCACUGUCCCAUCCUUACUGCGGGCCACAUAUCCAGGAGGCCCGGCUUCUGCACCAUCCAGCUUGCGGGUGAUCAUCACUUGGGGGGAGGCCCUUCCGGUCAAGGUCAGCAGGAUUUGGACGAAGGCAUGCUACGUAGUGGAUCUCCUGAUUGCCAGCGAGUACUGGCUCGCGCUCUCCAGCGACUGCAGCACCUGCGUAGAUCCUGUUGACGGCCAGGAGAAACACGUCUUUCAGCCUUUGCCAUCGCUGCCCAUGUUGCUCCAGACUUCAGAUGGCACGCUGCUGCCGCCUGAGGCUCCGGGCGCGGAGGGCGAGCUCUUGCUGGCAGGUGCCACGGUGUCGCCUGGCUAUGUCGGCGAAGCCGGGAGGGUGGCCACAGUCAGCGAUGCUGAAAGUAUAUGCUGGUUCAAGGGCACACGGUACCUGCGGACACAUGAUCGCCUCCGAUCGGUGGAGGCUGGGCGCUUGGUCUUCUGCGGACGCCUUGGCUCAUUGGCAAAGCGCGGUGGUCAGUUUGUGGAUAUCGAGGCCUUGGCCAGUUCUCUGGCCGCCACCCCAGGCGUCGCAGAAGGGACCGUCCUCUCCGGACCCGAAGCCCUCGAGGCAUUCGUUACCCUGGAGGAGGAGGCAUUGUUGCGACCUCUCACGGAGACGCUGUCGGCGGCGGCGCGGGCAGCAGGAUCCGGCGUUCGCCUGAAUGUUCGAAAUGCGCUUCCGCGACAUCCUGUGACUGGAAAAGUAGACCGACAGCGCUUGCAGGAGCAGCUGCAGUCGCAGAGGGACCGCGAGAAGCAGCAUUGGGAUCGACUCCGACGUGUGCAGAGGGAGAUGCUCAGGUCCUACCGUUCCUGGUAUGCGGUCGCACUGGUGCAGUUGUCGAUACCUGCUGUGCUGGUGUUCCGACUCCUCGGCGGAACCAUGUGGGACUUCCUGUUAGCUUUGCUGUUGCGCUUGCUGGUCCUUCCCUACGCAUGGAUGGCGCUGGGCUACACCCGGCUCCUGCCACUGGGCCGCCAGCAUCGGCAUUAUGAGUGCCUGAGUCCGGCCGAUGUGCUGCUGCUUCUCGUCGGGAGCCUGCCUGGAGUCUUUCUAUGCCGGACUCAGGCUGCACUUCUGUCUCUGCUUGCGUGGAAGCGGCGUCACCCAGCCGGAAAACCUGCCGUGGCUGCCGUGCUUCCGCCCAUGGCACUGCUUGUGCUCCUCUUAGCCCUGCAGGCGCCGCCAGCUCUGGAGGCACUACUUUGUGCAGGAUUUGUGAUCCUUCGAAGCUGCUGUCCAUCUGGAGAUCGGUACUUGUUGCCCAGCCUGCCUGUCAGCUUCUACAUUGUGCUGCCAAAGUGGCUAAGCGAUGAGACUCAGUGGCGCGUGGACCAUGGUGCUUGGCUCCCCCGUCGCAUGCUCUGCCGACUCCUGUGCAGUGCUAAGCCCUCGUGGGAGGACUCUUUGAACUUCGAGGACAAGGGACGGGCUGUGAAGAUCCUGUUUGGAAACCAAGGCCCAGUGCGCGUGGCGAAGGCGAAUCAGGGCCUGUCCCUGACGGUGGAUUUCGCCGGAGAGCCAACUUCUAUGAUCGCAAAUGGUGGUGGAGCUCCUUUGUGCCUGAUGGCUACGAAUGACGACAGCACCGUGCCUGAGGCCAUUUCCGAGAACUCCGCGGACAUCGGCAACAUCGUGCAUGAGGCCAUCCCCGAGAACUUUGCGGACAUCGCCAAGGACACCAACCCCGACGACAACAUCGUGCAGGAGGCCAUCCCCGAGAACUUCGCGGACACUGCCGCCAACACCGCCGACGUUGUGGACAUUGUGAAAAAGGCCAGCGCCGAGGACGCCUUGUCACGGAUAUGGUCGUGGAUAAGGAUUUCCCCGACGGCCCCGCGAACAUCAGCAACGAGAACGAGAGGCACCGGCAAUACGAUGAACCAGGACAGUAGCGAUGGUUCUACAUCGUCAUCAUCGUCGUCUUCUUCCACACAGAAAAAGGACUCGCAUCGCCGCAUCGCGGUGCUCACAGCGGACUUGGAGGAAGUCACGAAUGACCUCUACAGACUACGCGGUUCUACCAUCCAGACUACAGCCGUCAACGUCUUUGCCCUUUUGGAUCUACGGUAUUUUACAUCAUUCACAAUCGGCAGGUCCAAUCUCUCCUCGGGCGCCUUCCAGGACAUCAUGUCGUUUGAUGGUGUUGAGUUCGUGAACAAAAAUGCCCCAGAAGAUGAUUUCGGAGAACCAGCAAUACCUCUGGAUCUUGACGAACAUCAAGCCGGACAGAGCAUGAAGCCGUUUCUGGGGGAGUGUCUCUUUCCCUUGAUUGCACCCCUGCUCACAAGUUUCGGAUUUGUGAUCAUCGGAUGGCCCGGAGUUGGCAAGAGUCCGCUGCUCAUCAUUCUGGCUCUGGCCAUCGGCAGGUAUCACAUCAACGGCCUUGAGCUGGAGGGAGUGUUUGCUGGGUGGAGGAGAGCCAAGGCCAUGGAUAACUUCCGGCGCCGGAAUGCGCAGAUCCACGAAGCCCUGGACGAUCCGACCAUGGACAAAAUGCAACCCGCGGAUAUCAAAUCAUGGCUAACUUCUGAAGAAGACCAGAAUUGUUCUGGUCGGUACACGGACCUGAAGCUUGUCGCAAACGGCCUUCGGGCCUUGGCUGCAGACGACUUUGUGCCUGAAGACGAACCUGCACCGGACAAGCACAGUGUCUCCAUCGACCCGGAGGAGUUUUUCAAGCUCGUCGGGAGAUUCUUUCUUGGCUACAAAGAUCGCAACGCCCUUAUCCGUUGCAUUCGAAUAGAUGACCUCCACGAAGAUCUAUUCACUCCAAGAGACAAAGACUUUUACGCCAAGUACAAAAAUGGCAUCCAUGAGCUGCCUCCUACCUUCGAGGCAGAUGUUGCCGAGGAGCUGGAACUCUUGCAUGCAUAA